GUAGUAUGGGGUACAUGGGGAUCAGAAAUUGUAUUGUACAAUAUGUUCCAUAGAACAAAGAAAAAUGCACAGUUGAAGAUAUUUGACUCCAGUGCUUCAUUGUAACAAAUCUUUUGACAGUAAUGAGGUAUUCAUGUUCCUCUGGUUUUUAUAGGUUCGACUAUUUGACAGUGUGCACUACCUAAAGGCAUUUGGAGUAGGAGAUGUGUGGGUUGCUGUUGGAUGGAGCAGUGAUGUUCUGCCGGCUGCCAAGCGCAUGUCAAACGUCGCAGUAAUUGUUCCAAAGUCUGGAACCAGUUUGUGGGCAGAUCUAUGGAUUUUAGCAGAUGCAAUGGGGCUUGGAAAGACUGUAAUGACUAUUGCAUUAAUACUUGGAAAACUAGUUAGGAAGACUCCAGAUGACCAACAAGUUGAAGAACAAAAUCAGGAUUUUGACAACAAGAAAACAAAGAAUGGUCAGAAAGAUCCUCAAACCAAAAGCCUGCCCACAGUUAAAGGAGGAACUCUUGUUGUCUGUCCAAUGGCAUUGUUAGGCCAGUCGAAGAAUAAUCUGGAAGACCUCUACAGCCUUUUGUGCUUCUUACAUGUCGAGCCAUGGUGCAACUGGGCCUGGUAUGUGCAUGAAACAACACUACCAACUUAA